GGAGACUGGCCGGGGCGGGGGUGGCACCUCUUCCCUCCUCCUCCUCCUCGCGUUAGUUCCGGUCGCAGAGGAGACUCCGCCGCAGUUGCCGCCACCUCAGGGGUUUCAGGCUCUUUUCUCUUCGCCCUAAAUUCGGGUGUCUUUUAUGAAUAAUCAAAAGCAGCAAAAGCCAACGCUAUCAGGCCAGCGUUUUAAAACCAGAAAAAGAGAUGAAAAAGAGAGGUUUGACCCUACUCAGUUUCAAGACUGCAUUAUUCAAGGCUUAACUGAAACUGGUACUGAUUUGGAAGCAGUAGCAAAGUUUCUUGAUGCUUCUGGAGCAAAACUUGAUUACCGCCGAUAUGCAGAAACACUCUUUGACAUUCUGGUGGCUGGUGGAAUGCUGGCCCCAGGUGGUACACUGGCAGAUGACAUGAUGCGUACAGAUGUCUGUGUGUUUGCAGCACAAGAAGACCUAGAGACCAUGCAAGCAUUUGCUCAGGUUUUUAACAAGUUAAUCAGGCGCUACAAAUACCUGGAGAAAGGUUUUGAAGAUGAAGUUAAAAAGUUGCUGCUGUUCUUAAAGGGUUUUUCGGAGUCGGAGAGGAACAAGCUGGCUAUGUUGACUGGUGUUCUUCUGGCUAAUGGGACACUUAAUGCAUCCAUUCUUAAUAGCCUUUAUAAUGAGAAUUUGGUUAAAGAAGGGGUUUCAGCAGCUUUUGCUGUAAAGCUCUUUAAAUCAUGGAUAAAUGAAAAAGAUAUCAAUGCGGUAGCUGCAAGUCUUCGGAAAGUGAGCAUGGAUAACAGACUGAUGGAACUUUUUCCUGCCAAUAAACAAAGCGUUGAACACUUCACAAAGUAUUUUACUGAGGCAGGCUUGAAAGAACUUUCAGAAUAUGUUCGGAAUCAGCAAACCAUAGGAGCUCGUAAGGAACUCCAGAAAGAACUUCAAGAACAGAUGUCCCGUGGUGAUCCAUUUAAGGAUAUAAUUUUGUAUGUCAAGGAGGAGAUGAAAAAAAACAACAUCCCAGAACCCGUUGUUAUCGGAAUAGUGUGGUCCAGUGUAAUGAGUACCGUGGAAUGGAACAAAAAAGAGGAGCUUGUAGCGGAGCAAGCCAUCAAGCACUUGAAGCAAUACAGCCCUCUACUUGCUGCCUUUACAACUCAAGGUCAGUCUGAGCUGACUCUGUUACUGAAGAUUCAGGAGUAUUGCUAUGACAACAUUCAUUUCAUGAAAGCCUUCCAGAAAAUAGUGGUGCUUUUUUAUAAAGCUGAAGUUCUGAGUGAAGAACCCAUUCUGAAGUGGUAUAAAGAUGCACAUGUUGCCAAGGGGAAAAGUGUCUUCCUUGAACAAAUGAAAAAGUUUGUAGAGUGGCUCAAAAAUGCUGAAGAAGAAUCUGAGUCUGAAGCUGAAGAAGGUGACUGAAUUUUGAAACUACACCCUCAGUAAAGCAAACAGGAGUUGUAGAUAAAGUGUCAUGUCUCAUGUGUCCUGGUUCUUACAUCUUCCUACCUCCCUAUAUCAAGCAUGAUAUAAGGGCUUUCAUGGCAGAUUUUAUUUUAACUGUUUCUAUGGUUACUGGAAAUGUUGGAUUUAGUUUCUAAAACCAUGUUUUAAGUAGCUACAGGAGCUAUAGAUUUGAAUCUAAUGUUGCAUUAGUCUUUUCAGUUAUCUUCUACCUCCUGUAUUUUCUACUGUAAUAAUGUAAUUUAAGGCCUUCCACAAUGAACAGUUCACUUUAUUCCCUGGGUUUUCUAUAUAAACAGUUUUCAAGAUAUGAUUUGGUUAAAAAUAAUUUGUUAUAAAAAUUCUGUUUGCAAAUUAAACUGUAAAAGUAUCCAAAGUCUCAGAAGGCAAUGAUUUGUGUGAUAAUUUGGUAUGCCCAAAGCCCUGCUCAUCAAUGAAAAUCUCAUACAGUAAUUGAAUUCAUUAACAUGAAUCUUGAGUAUUUGGACCACUGCUUGCACAUUAAUGUUUUAUUUUAUUUUUAACCCCAGAUGUACUUGAGCUCAAUUGUUUGCUCUCUGAUUUUCAUUCCUUAAAAUGAAGCCAUGGAGAACAAACUUGAAAGUGAGGUGUUUGGGAAAUUGUACGUGGCAGAGAUGGUGGGAAGAAAAAGGUUGAGCUUUAUCUCAUUGAGAAACUUCUGCAUUCCGUUUGUUUCCUUCCAGACAAAACAAAUGUAUAUUCUUUUCAUACAGCCAUUUUCAAAUAUACCUUGGAAAAGCCUUGUCAUUUAAAGUAUUUUACACUUAUCAUACACUUAGAUUGGUAAGAAAGGACUCACAAAAUAGUGUCAGUAAAGCAAAUGACUGUACUAAAGCCAGAAAAAUUGUUGAAAGAAAAGUGGUCGCCAUGUUCUAAUUGGGACUCUAACUCAUAUUUCCUGUUGGCUUAGAGUAUUUGUGGUAAAGAAUGAAGUGCAGUGAUAAUGAUAUAUUCUACUUGGUCAUACUGGACCAGCUUCAUUCUCUUCACAGAUUCAUUUAUGAUUCAAGCAUCUGGCUAUUUAACUUACCCUGGUUGCCAGUGUUUUAAACUGCCAUGAGCCAAAUCUCUCUUGUACAGAGUUGUUCCAUUUAUUUUAAUGGCUGCAUUUUAAUUUCCUUCUUUCUUUUCUUGCUGCUACCCAUCUUUAUAUGUAGUCAUUAGAAAACAAAAUGUGGCCACACUUUUUUGGUGGAAAGACUUCAUGUUAAAAGUGAACAUUUUGAAAGCUUUUUUGAUUGGUGAAAGAAAUGAGCUUGGAAUAAUGCCACCAGAGACUGAGAAUUGUCCUUUUCAGAGGUGCCAUUCUUAUGAGCCAAGAAUUUGGUGUUUAAAAGUUUAUCUUGAGGGAGUAACAUGUAAUAUAGUUUGAAAUAAAGGUAUAAUCUUGUAAAGAAGAGUAUUAUAACUGAUAGCAGUGAAGGCAGUGAAAUUGUUAAAUGAAUGACUUUGAUAAAGUUGUCAUGCACCUGGCAAAAUGUAUUCACUAGGUUUCUACAUAGUGGUCUGCUUUUACUUUGUAACUUGUAGUCCUCAAAAGACUUUUUAAAAAAAAAAAUAAAGUCCAUCCUUACACUUAGGUU